AUGUCAAACGAAUUCAGUCUGCCCGAAACGAUGAAGGCGUUGGUUAUCCGGUCGCCAUCCGAUGGACCAAAUAUCGAGACUGUUCCUACACCAAAAGCCGCUCGAGGAGCAGCGGUUGUUCGAGUUCUGAGUGCUACAGUACUUCAUUUCGUGCGAGACAUGUACCUCGGGAAACGGCCCAUCUCUCUGCCCAUGCCCUUGACGAUUGGUACAUCAGCUAUUGGCCGCAUAGUUGAGCCGGGUCCAGAUGCGACAAAGCUGAAGUGGGGAGAUGUGGUGUUUAUCGACAUGAUACUCCGAUCCAGGGACAACCAAAGCGACGCUUGCCUGGCGGGGGUCAACGAUGGCUUCUCGUCUGGGUCCAAGAAGCUCAUGGCCGAAGGAUACCGAGAUUGGACAUAUGCGGAGUACUGCCUUGCUCCAUUGGAGAAUCUGACACUUUUGAACGCAGAUCGGCUGCUGGGCGAACCAUCCUCAGGUGGGCUGGGAUACAAGAUUGAGGAACUGAACUUCAUAACCACGGCUCUGGUACCGUUCAGCGGUCUUCGAGAUAAUGGCCUGAAACCAGGACAGACAGUCAUCAUUGCACCGGCAAAUGGGCCUUUCGGCGGUGCUGAAGUGAUUGCAAUGGGACGCGACACGAGCAAGCUGGCUGAAUUGAGACGAAACGUUCCGUACGCCGAACGCCUCCAGACUGUUCCGAUUACUGGAGAUAUGCAAGCAGAUGCCAAUGAGUUGAAAAAGGCUGGGAAAAUCGACGUAUACCUGGACAUUGGUCCGAUGCAGGCUCACAACAGCACACAGAUCAAGUCUUUCAGUUUCAUGGGAGGCUACCGAGAGGAUUUUGCCAUCCCGCAUGGGCUUAUCGUGGCGAAGAACAUUUCUCUACAUGGCAGGUACAUGUACGAGCCUAAGGCUGUGGUGGAGCUCAUUGAUAUGGUGCAGAACGGGAUAUUGAAGCUCGGAAACCCCAGUGGGACCGAGAUUGUAGGAUCUUAUCCACUUGACAAAUGGCACGAAGCGUGGGACGCUGCCGUUGAAAAUGCAGGCGUUGGUAAGACCGUGGUGGUAAAGCCGUAG